AUGCCCAUAAAGAUUAGCGUAGAAAUAAAACCCAUCCGAGGUAUACCUCGAAGAACAAUAACUACGCUUGCUAUGGCAAAUAACUCACUUUGGUUUGGAUUAACCAAUGGAAAUGUGUUGAAAUUUUCGCACGAAGACGAAUAUGCCAGCGAUGUGUCUCCUAGAAUAGGUGACGUAUCUUCUGACUAUGCUAUAUUGAAGACGCAAAAAAGUGGAGGAUCAGAAGUUAGACACAUUUAUGUAGAUUCCAAAUCCUUUCAUUGUUUGAUUUGUCUGGCAUCAGGUGAUAACUGGUAUGCAAAUUUUCAGAGUGAUGAAAUGUACUUCUUGCGAAAACUACAAAGUGUUUUCAUAAGAUCUCUAGCAUUUACAGAUUCAACAGAUGUAGAUUCAACUGGGCCUUUUUUAAUAGGUUCACAGCAUGGGUCAUUGAUAGAAGGAAAUAUAGACCACAAGAACAAACAGUUUUUUUUCAAAACACUCCAUGUUUUGAGCGAUGGAGAGCCUGUUUUGAGUAUAGAGUUGGUUCCCAUAUUUUUCAGGGGAGCCCGUUCAUUUCUAAUUAUCGCAACAACUACCAAGAGAUUGUAUGAAUUUUUCGGUGGGUUUACUUUUGAAGAGACUUUUUCUAAGUAUUCUAGUAGUACCGGACUCAGAUAUGAGGUUCCCCUUGCGGCUCCAUACGGUGAGUUACUAACAACCGAAAAGGACGAUGGGAGUCAUAAUGUGUUCUGGAUAAACGCUACAGGUAUAUUAUUUUCUACUAUACCUCGUAUAAUAAAUGAUGAUGCCGUAUCAUGUCUUGCUUUUCCACCUACAAUCAUAGCAUAUCCUACCGGAUUUAAGUCGUUGAUAUUCUCAAAUUCCAACAAAAAGAUUCAGAAACAUCAUGAUAACAAAAAUUCGUUUCUUUCAAAGCCUGCCGAAUACAUGCCAAAAAAUUCAGUGGCUCUAAACAACCACCUCUUUCUUUUGUUUGAUGAAAUCAUUCUUGUCAUAAACAUUAUAAUUGGACAACAAGUAGCUUUGUUUCCACUACCUUAUAGCACAUACGGUGAAAUGAAAAGGAUAGUAAAGGAUCCAAUUUCUGGAAUACUUUGUAUUUUAUCUUCCGAUGGAAUUUACGAAGUCGUAGUACAAAACGAAUCCGAUGAUUCUUGGCAUCAUUAUAUGCUAAAGGGCGAUAUAAAAAACGCAAUGUUAUGUUGUAAAACUAGCGCACAGAGGGAUAAAGUUUCUUUUAAAGCAGCUCAUGAUUAUUUUGAGAGGGGAAUGUAUAAAGAAGCUGCAAAAAUGUAUGCAAAUGUGGAAAAUAGUUUCCCAGAGAUCGAGGCUGUGUAUCUAAAAUUUAUUAAUUUAAAUCAGGAGCUCGCACUUAUAGAAUAUAUUACGGGAAAAAUCCAAACUAUGAAUAUAACAAAAGAAUACCCUCGUUUCAUAAUUUUAACUAUUUGGGUUGUGGAAUUAAUUUCUUAUAAACUUAGGAGUUUAUCACUAAUGAUGCAAAGUGGUCCUAUAAAUAAAGGAUUAAGAGAGCUAUAUGAGACUUUAAAGUUAAAAUUUUCCAGGCUUUUGCUAUCUAUAAAGGAUAUAUAUGAACUUCGUGCCCCAAUUAACUUUAUAUUGCAUACUAUGGGAUGUGACGAUGAAUGUAUAGAAUACGCUAAAGUAAGGAAUGACACAUUCACUGUUAUAUGCUAUCACAUAAGUAGCGAAAAUUAUACUGGUGCUCUAAGUGAAUUAUCUCAAAUGCCACCUGAUGAAAAGAGAGAUUCUUUGUUUUUACGAUUUGCUCCAAUAAUAUUCAUAGGUGCUUCAGAUGCCUUCUCAAAUGCAACAUUCAAUUCCCUAUCCCCAAAUCUUCUUGUUCCAAUACUGUCUCUAUCUGUAGUUUUAGACAACCCAAUCUACCUUGAACAUUCACUGAGUAUUUUAAAAAGGAUUUUACUAACUCACCCGAUUCCACUUGACAAAUCUUGCAAAUCGGUGCUUUGGUCUCUAUUCAUAAUCCUUCUUUCUAACUUACCGGAUGAAAAACCGCUUCUAGAGGUUUUGUUAGACGAUAUCUGUUUUUCAAACUAUGAUCUUUCGAUAUCACUCAGGUAUUUGCGAAAGAAAUCUCUUGACUCUGACUCAAUUUGGAAGGUCCCAUUUAUACAUCUACUGAGCUUGUGUGGAAUUAUCAAUGAUGCCUUGGAUUUAGCAUUAGAACAAGGAAAUAUCCAAUUGGCACAAAUGUGUGCAAUGAAACCAGUUGAUGAUUUUGACAAACGCAAACUGUGGUUAAGAAUUUUGGAGCACAGUUCCAAAAGUGACACCCUUUCAAUUUCCCCUAUUCUGGAACAAUCAAAGGGAUUUAUAAAAAUUACCGAUGUUCUCGAAUAUCUUCCGGAUGACUCAAGGGUUGGUGAUUUAAAGGACGUAGUAAAUAAUUUCCUAACAAAGUUCGAAGACAAUAUGCAAGAAAAGAGGCAAGAAAUUGCAUAUCUUUGUGGGUGUAUAGAGGAAACCAAAGCCGAUAUACAAUAUAUUUCCAAGAGAUGUGUAAAGAUAUCACCCAAUCAAAUAUGCACUGUUUGUGGAAAUGUAGUAUUUUUAAGAGAUUUCAUAGUAUUUCCGUGUGAACACACUUUUCACCGCGGAUGCAUCGCAAAAACACUUUAUGGCCUACUAGGAGGUGCCGAUUUGAUUGAAUUUAAAGCCAUUAAAAAGAGAUUUGAUGAAACCCAGGAUGAGAAGACUGAAGCUGAGUAUAAUGAUUACUUAUCAAAAGCAUGUUUAUUGUGUGGUUAUCCGAUACUUUUGCUGGCUUCUCAGCCAUUUAUUUUCGAUAACGAUUCCGAAGAAAUCGAAAAGUGGGCCAUUAACUAG